GCUGAUGGAGUGUGACGUUUAAAUUUACGUAAUUACGAAAAAUACGGAGACCUUGUAAAUUUUGAUAUGAGCCAUGUUACGCAGCCAGCUUCUCAAGUGAAAUGUAAAAUGUAUUGAAAGAAAUAAUUCGUGAUUAUCCGACACGUUAUAAUAAAUUCGUUAGAUUCAAGUAAGCUUCACAAUGGCGGACGCUAGAGGUGGUUUCAGAGGUGGAUUUGGAGCACGCGGAGGAAGUGCUCGAGGUGCUUCCAGAGGCAGAGGCCGUGGCCGUGGUCGCGGUAGAGGCCGUGGUAAGGAAACGGAAAAAGAGUGGACGCCAGUAACAAAAUUAGGGCGCUUAGUACGCGACGGCAAAAUAAAUUCGUUAGAAGAAAUCUAUUUGUUCUCUCUGCCCAUCAAAGAAUUCGAAAUUAUUGACUUCUUCAUCGGUUCACAUUUGAAAGACGAAGUAUUGAAAAUCAUGCCCGUACAGAAACAGACCCGUGCCGGUCAAAGAACUCGUUUCAAGGCUUUUGUCGCUAUCGGUGAUUCCAACGGUCAUAUCGGUCUCGGUGUGAAAUGCUCGAAAGAAGUAGCUACAGCUAUCCGUGGAGCUAUCAUUUUGGCCAAAUUAUCCGUAGUACCGGUUCGUCGUGGAUAUUGGGGUAAUAAAAUCGGUAAACCGCACACAGUACCAUGCAAGGUUACUGGUAAAUGUGGAUCGGUUCAAGUCAGACUCAUCCCAGCCCCUAGAGGUACCGGAAUCGUUAGUGCUCCAGUACCGAAGAAAUUAUUACAAAUGGCCGGAAUCGAAGAUUGUUACACUUCAGCCCGCGGUUCUACCGGAACGCUUGGAAAUUUUGCUAAAGCAACUUACGCUGCGAUAGGAAAAACGUACGCAUAUUUGACACCCGAUUUAUGGAAGGAAAUGCCGUUAACCAAAACUCCGUUCUCGAUGUACGGUGAUUAUUUGGCUAAAAAUCAUCGUCCCAUUGUCAGCGCUGGAGACUCGUAAAGACGUUACGCCCGAUAACGAUGAAUAUUGUCAACCAUGAAUUAUUUCAAAAUUUUUGUAUUAGAUCCAACCAUUAAAAUGAUGUGAAGCUGAA